GCCCCGCACAUGGAGGUGUCGAAGCGGAACCGGAAGUGUUGUGCGGGUGGAGCUUCUGUGCUGCUGUUGGCGUCUCUUUGGGCGCAGCUGCCUACCCGGGACGGGGCGAGUGAGCUGCGCUUCGGGCUGCCGUGGCGAGUGGAGGAGGCGAGAUGGAGCCCGGCCGGGGUCCCGCUGCAGGAGCCCAGCUGGCCGAGCCUGCUGCUGGCCAGAGGAGGCAGGGCGGGGAGGAGGGAGUCCGGGCCCCCCCUGGGCCAGGGGCCACCCCCCGCAGCAGCAGCAGCUGGCCCCAGCGCCUCCUGGGCUUCGAGGGCGCCGAUCUCUCCAGCUGGCAUCGCUUCGUCUGCUUGCUGAACAGGCCGACGGACCCGGCUGCCCUGGGCGUCUUCCGCGGCCUCUUUGGGCUCCUGAUGGCCCUGGACAUCCCCCAGGAGCGCGGCUUGAGCUACCUGGACCACAGAUACCUGGACGGGCUGCAGGUCUGCCGCUUCCCCCUCUUCGACUUCCUGGAGCCGCUGCCCUUGGACUGGAUGUACCUCGUCUACACGGUCAUGCUGCUGGGGGCUGUGGGGAUCAUGCUGGGCUGCUGCUACCGGCUCAGCUGCCUGUUCUUCUUGCUGCCCUACUGGUACCUCUUCUUCCUGGACAAAACGGCCUGGAACAACCACUCCUACCUCUAUGGCCUGCUUGGCUUCCAGCUGCUGCUCGUCAACGCCAACCGCUACUGGUCCAUUGACGGCCUCAGGAAUCCGCAGAAGAGAAAUGCUCAUGUGCCCUUGUGGAACUACACGGUGCUGCGUACGCAGAUCUUCAUCGUCUAUUUCAUUGCGGGCAUCAAGAAGCUGGAUGCGGAUUGGGUGGAGGGCUACUCCAUGGGGACCCUGGCCAGGCACUGGCUCUUCAGCCCCUUCAGGUUGGUGCUCUCGGAGGAGAUGACCAGCCUGCUGGUGGUGCACGGCGGCGGCCUCAUGCUGGACCUGACGGCCGGCUUCCUGCUCUUCUUCGACGCCAGCCGCCCCCUCGCCCUCGUCUUUGUCUCCUACUUCCACUGCAUGAACUCCCAGCUCUUCAGCAUCGGCAUGUUCUCCUACACCAUGCUGGCCACCAGCCCCCUCUUCUGCUACCCGGACUGGCCUCGCCGCCUGGCCGCCCGGCUCCCCACCUGCCUCCAGAGGCUCCUGCCGCCCACGGAGCUGCCGCAGCCCAGCCGGGAGUGCGUCUACGGAGAGGCCGGGCGCUCGCGGCCAGGCAAGGGAGCGCGGAAGCCGGGGCUGCGGCAGAAGCUGGGGGCCCUCUUCACGGUGCUGUACGUGCUGGAGCAGUUCUUCCUGCCCUACUCCCACUUCAUCACCCAGGGCUACAACAACUGGACGAAUGGGCUGUACGGCUACUCGUGGGACAUGAUGGUCCACUCCCGCUCCCAUCAGCACGUGAAGAUCACGUACCGGGACGGUCUCACCGGAGAGCUCGGUUACCUGAACCCGGGGGUCUUCACCCAGAGUCGGCGCUGGAAGGACCACGCAGACAUGCUGAAGCAGUACGCCACCUGCCUCAGCCAGCUGCUGCGUAAUUACAACAUCUCUCAGCCAGAGAUCUACUUUGACAUCUGGGUCUCCAUCAAUGAUCGCUUCCAGCAAAGGCUCUUUGACCCACGUGUGGACAUCGUGCAGGCCGAGUGGUCGCCCUUCCAGAAGACGCCCUGGCUGAAGCCGCUUCUGGUGGACUUGUCGCCCUGGCGGGCAAAGCUGCAGGAGAUCGAGAACUCCCUGGACAACCAGACGGAGGUGGUCUUCAUUGCUGACUUCCCAGGCCUGCAUCUGGAGAACUUCGUCAGUGAGGACCUGGGCAACACCAGCCUCCAGCUGCUGAAGGGGGAGGUGGCCGUGGAGGUGGUCAGCGCCCAGAAGAAUUACACGCUGCAGGAAGGCGACAGGAUCCAGCUGCCCCCAGGCGAAUACCACAGAGUCUUCACGGUGUCGCAAGAGCCUUCCUGCUACAUGUACAUCUACGUCAACACCACCGAGGCAGCCCUGGAGCAGAACUUCACGCGGCUUCAAGAGCUGCGGGAGAAGGUUCGGAACGGGACAGAAACCGAGCCUCUCCCGCCGGAGCUGCAGCCCAUCUUGGACGGCUCCCUGGAGAACGUGACUCAGGCCGACCCGGUGGUGGAGGCUUUCCUCCGGCGGGAGCAGCGCAGGGAGGAGCUGCAGAGACGCCGCAACGCCACCCUGGCUGACCGGCUGCAGCGCUUCGCCAGCAGGAAGUACUUCAUCUUCCGGAGGAGCCUCCUGAUGACCUGGAUCUCUCUGCGGAACUUGGCGCUGGGACGCCCGUCCCUGGACCAGCUGGCGCAGGAAGUCGCCUACGCCAACAUGCAGCAGCAGGAGGACCCGCCCACUAGCCAGCCCGACCCGGCGCCGAAAGAGCUGGAGCGCUCCGAACUCUGAGCAGCCACCACUGCCUCGGGUGGGGGGCAGCUGUGGGGAGGCCCAAGGGGCACUGGGCCCAGGAAGCCCCCCCUCGCAGCAGCCGGAGGGAGGCUGGGGCAGAAGCCUCUCCCCUUCCUUCUGGGUUCUUCUGGGGGCAGCCACCCGCCUCUCACGUGGGCUUCUGUGCCUUUGGGUGCAGCUGGGCACUUCAGCCCUGUCCCAAGGAAGCUGGCACCAGAGGCAAGGAAGCAGGACCUGUCCAGCUCGUGGGUCCUAACGCUUGCCCCCUGGCGGUAGACAGUUCUGGGUGGAUUCCAGGGCUGGGGUGGGAGUUCCAAUGGCACGAGUAUUUAAUUUGGAUUAAAAUUAGAGCAUUUGCCUGAGAGUGUCCAGUGCCCAAAGCGAAACACCCGGAACCAGGCGAGCAGAUUCCCCAUCUCGGCAGGAGGGCUGCCGCCAAGCGGUGCUCUUUCAGAACCCAGCAAGACCGAGGAGGACCUGACUGCCUGGCAGGGCUUUCGGACAGAGCUCCCCCCCUUCAGAAUGGUCGGCAGCAAACGGGGGUAUUCAGCCGGCUGAAGGGGACCAGACCUCCGGUGAAAUCUGAGAGCCCUGCACAACCACCGAAUGCAGUUGUUUUGUAUACCCUUUAACGAUGGUAGUUGUUGGCUGCUUUUUAAUGGGAUCUCCAAAAGGAACGGGUGGGCUGGCCAGAAACAAGCCCAAGGCCCAGGAAUGGGGCUGCGUGAAGAGGAGGCGGCGGUGCCUCUGCGGUGGCUUUUGGGCGGGAUUCCUUCCGACUCGAGUCCCAGCCUGUUCUGGCUGCCCGGAAUGUCCGGAACGCCAGGUGCUGGCAGCCUCUCCAGCUGGGAAUCAGCAGUCCUGCCCCUUUCGCUCCUCCUGGGGAGCUGCUGGGAGGAAGGAGCCUUUUGUGGUCACAGCAGCGUCCCCCCCCCCCGGACCUUCUCCUGCCUAAGCAGUGAUUUCCCCCAGCCAAGAGUGUCCCAUCUGCUCCAGGGUGCGGAGUGGAGGCUCUCCCAAGCUCUGCUGGGGGGGGGCUACUUUUCAGCUGGAGGUGCUGGCCCUGGGCCCCUCUUGUAUGCCCAGUGUUUCCCCCUUGAGCUCUGCAGCCCUUCCCCGAAGGCACGGCCCUCCUGCUGCCUGGUCUCCCUGCACCUGGAGGAAUCUGGCAGCCUUCACCAGCCAUGCCGCAGUUUGGGGACUGGAUUGCAGCAAAGACUUUCCGCUUGGGCAGAAGCCUUUGUUUAGUCUUGAGAAGCGUGUGGCUCUCCCCAGUAGAACCGACCCCCAAAGUGUCAUUUUUUAAAAAAAAUUAAAAAUUGUAUUGUAUUUGGA